AUGGAGGCGAGCGGCACGGCUGAGGCCCGCCGGCCACCGCACGUGGCGAUGCUGGUGACGCCCGGGAUGGGCCACCUGAUCCCGCUCGCGGAGCUUGCCAAGCGCCUGGCCGCGCGGCACGGCGUCACGGCCACGCUCAUCACCUUCGCCUCCACGGCGUCCGCCACGCAGCGGUCCUUCCUCGCCUCCCUCCCGGCCGCCAUCUCCUCCGUGUCCCUUCCGCCCGUCGACCUCUCCGACCUGCCACCCGGCGCCACCAUCGAGACUCUCAUGUCCGAGGAGUGCGCCCGCUUGGUGCCGGCGCUUACCGGGGUUCUGUCGGGGCUCAGGGAGACGACGCGGCUGGUGGCCUACGUGGCCGACCUCUUCGGGGCGGACUCGUUCGACGCUGCCGUGGCCGCCGGCGUGCCCAGAAGGUACCUUUUCCAUCCGGGGAACCUGCAUGGGCUAACGUUCAUCCUCCACCUCCCGGAGAUCGAUGUUUCCAUGCCCGGUGAGUUCCGGGACCUCGCCGAGCCCGUCAGGCUGCCCGGCUGCGUCCCCAUCCCGGGGCCGGACGUCAUGUCGCCGUUACAGGACAAGUCUGACCCCUGCUACCGGUGGAUGGUGCACCACGCCAAGCGCUACCUAGAAUCCGAGGCCAUCCUGGUGAACUCCUUCGACGCCGUCGAGCCGGACGCCGCCAGGGUGCUCUCUCACCCGGAGCCCGGGCGCCCUCCGGUGUACAACAUCGGUCCGCUCAUACGGGCCGACGCCGGCAACCGCCCAAGUCCGUCAUCUUCGUCUCCUUUGGCUCCGGAGGCUCGCUGCCGACGGAGGAGAUGCACGAGCUGGCGCUCGGGCUGGAGCUCAGCGGGCAGCGCUUCCUGUGGGUAG